CAGAAGGGGAGAAUGCAUUUAUCAGGAGUGAAAAAGAAGAGCUUGCUAGGAGUCAAAGAAAAGAAUAAAAAGUCCAGCACUAGGGCUCCUUCUCCUACCAAAUGCAAAGACCGCUCUGAUAAGAAGUCCAAGGAUCACUCUAAAGAUAAGGGGGCCACCAAGGAGUCAAGCGAGAAUCUUGGCAGGGAUAAAACGCGAACGAGGCGCAGCGCUUCCAGUGGUACCAGCAGCACAAGGUCUCGGUCCAGCUCGACCUCCAGCUCGGGCUCCAGCUCCAGCUCCAGCAGCUCCUCUGGCUCUCCGAGUCCUUCUCGGCGCAGGCAGGACAACAGGCGGCAUUCACGCUCCAAAUCCAAACUACCCAGAAGAGAUGAAAAGGAAAGGAAAAGGCGGAGCCCUUCCCCUCAACCCACCAAAGUGCACAUUGGAAGGCUCACUAGGAAUGUGACCAAGGAUCAUAUCAUGGAGAUAUUCUCCACCUAUGGGAAAAUUAAAAUGAUUGACGUGCCUGUAGAAAGUAUGCACCCGCAUCUGUUUAAAGACUACGCAUAUGUGGAGUUUGAGAAUCCAGAUGAGGCCGAGAAGGCGCUGAAGCACAUGGACGGAGGACAAAUCGAUGGCCAGGAGAUCACUGCCACUGCUGUGCUGGCCCCGUGGCCUCGGCCACCCCCCAGGCGAUUCAGCCCUCCCAGGAGAAUGCUGCCACCGCCUCCCAUGUGGCGCAGGUCACCCCCACGGAUGAGGAGAAGGUCGCGUUCUCCUCGGCGCAGGUCCCCCAGCCGCCGCAGCCACAGGAGCCGCUCCAGCUUCAACUCCUCCCGACACGCAGGGCCACCGAAGCUCUGCCCUGUGACUUGCAUCCCAUCCAACUCACUUUUGUCACUUUUCUAGCCUUAGGAGGAUCGGUAGGAAAGAAAUCCCUCACUCAGGGGCAGGCUUUGAAGGUGAAGGCAGUAAUUGCCACGUUUCCCCUGGCGGCAGAGUUCCGGCUGCAGGAGUGUCGUUGGUUUGGGGUCGUGCUUAUAAAGAUGCCCUCUAGUUUUCUGGCUAGAAAGCUUCCACAUUUCUAGUUCCUGAGAGUCAGUUUAGUGGCAAAGCCAGCAGGGAUGAGCCGGGGGCUCCAGGAGGUGGUACAGCCCCAGCCUGGGAGC